AUGUCUGACUGACUGACUGGUGUCCAAAAGUUCUCAGCGCCUCCUGGUGGUGCCGUUCGGCUCAGCUGGGGGAAGCGGGCGUGCGUCCUGGAGGUGGGGCCGUACAGGCCCAGGUUUCGGGCCGCCGCCGACUUCUUGGGCAGCUUGACGCACGGGAAGGGCGAGAAGACUUGCGGCUUUGUCACGGACGGCGGUGCGAUCGAGACGAGGAGCCGAUGGAGGAGAGGGACGGCGUGGACGUGUCUGGUACAAGCCUUGAACGGAUGCGGAGUCGCGCAAUAAGGUGACGUCAUCCAGACCGAAACGGGAAGCGGAGGAGGCAAAGCCGCAGUCACAACCACACUGAGCGGACGAGCCGUCGACCACGUCGGGAGCAAUCGAAACCCUUUCGGAGUUUUCAUCAUCAUGUCGCAGCGCCAGAGCCUCUCCCGCCCACGUGAAGGACGCUGGUCGCGGGUCAGCCACGGGAGGAGCGCCGCCGGACGAGGAUACUAGAAGCAGCGAGCCUCCACUGUGGACCCGGCCGGCCGCUCCAUCGUCAUCAUCAGCAUCCCCACCGUCCCCAUCAAAAUGGACGCCCGUGACAACACGAGGAGGACGCUCAGGCCUUCGUUAUGAGCAUUUGGGAGGCUUUUUAUUGCGUUUGCUUUUGAGCUUUUAUACCUUUUUGCCCUCGUGCAGUGACAUUCUGACUGGGGGUGUGUGUGUGGAUGCAGCGUGGCCCAGUGUGUGUGGAUGCCGAUGCGGAGGCGGUGGAGGAGGACUCGGAGGAGUGUAUGGGCGUUCUGAGAUCCACCACACGCUCAGCUUGGAGCCAUGGCCAAUGAACCUGUCAUUCUCAACGUGUAUGACAUGUACUGGAUAAACGAGUACACUUCCAAUCUCGGAAUUGGAGUCUUCCACUCAGGAAUCGAGAUUUAUGGCCGAGAAUUUGCGUACGGAGGCCACCCGUAUCCUUUCAGCGGCAUCUUUGAAAUCAACCCGGGCAAUGCCGCCGAGCUGGGAGAGACUUUCAAAUUCAAGGAGGCCAUCGUCCUGGGCACCACCGACUUUGGAGCGGAGGACAUGGACAAGAUCAUGGAGGAGCUUGGCAGGGAGUUCAAAGGCGACGCCUACCACCUCAUGCACAAGAACUGCAACCACUUCUCCUCCUCGCUCUCAGAGCUGCUGUGCGGCCGUGAGAUUCCACGCUGGGUCAACCGUCUGGCCUAUUUCAGCUCGUGCAUCCCCUUCCUGCAGAGCUGCCUGCCCAAAGAGUGGCUGACGCCGGCCGCUCUGCAGAGCCACAUCAGCCUGGGCCUCCACAAAGACGAGCGCCGGCGCCGGUCCAGCGACGACGACCGCCCGUCACCGCCCUCGUCGUCCGGGGCCGCCGGAUCCUCCUCUUCCUCCUCCUCGCAUAGCUGCCGCCACACCAGGGUGUGAUGGACUGCCGCCGACCGGCCCGUGGACCAGGACAGGUUGGGGAGUUGAGCCUUUUUGGACAGUUGAGGACUGCCGAACGUGGCGUGACCAUCCCAGGACGUUUGGUUGUUGACUCCCCAAAAUCGGCUUGGAAAGGUCAGCAGCGUCUGAAGCCUUAGCAGCAUGAGAUAUGGUAGACGUGCCACACAUAAGUAAACCUUAAAAAACUUUCAAGAAGCCAUGCCCUUAAAGCCAGUUUCAAAAUUGUUCUCAUUUGGAACUCAACUCUCAUUAGUCGUUAGCUUAGCCAUUUGUGUUUAAAAGUCUUGAGCUGCUAUAUAAAUGAUGCUAUCCUCGUUUUAAUACGUACACUCGUUUUCACUUUGAUCGAGCUAAGCGUGCGCCUUUGCUUGGCCUUUUACCAUGCGUCGUCUUAUGCUAGGCUAACUAGCCACUGCUGGUAGUAACCACAGUCGUGUUUGUCUAGGCUGUAAGACAAUAUUGUGUUUGUAAUCAUGUUUACAGAUUGCAUAGCAUUUAAAGGCAAAGAAGGGAACAAAGACUUUCAUUUUGGGACAAGGCACACUGAUUUCUUUUCCAUCUCCCCUGCUGAUAGUGGUGGUGCAUUCAAGGACAGCUAUUCUCUCAGGAAGGAACUCACUCAUGUAUUGAAUGUUGGUUUGGACAUUUCACCAAGUGUAUUUAUUGUGUGGCAGCUGACACACGUACACAGACACACACACUUUGGUUCAUACAGUAAAAUACAGUACGUGACUUUGUUAAAAGAUUGUACAAUACAGGAUUUUUUUUCUAGUGUCAUCUGGGACUUUUCAAAAUACUCUUUUUUUUUUUUUUUCAAAGCAAAACUUGACUUAGUACUAGAAUAAAGGGACUACAAAACGUGUGAA